GGCGCAAAGGGGUGAGGCUGGCUGCCCUCGCGGACGGUUAGUGUGAGCGAGUUAAAGGUUGGGUGUCUCGCACCGCCGGCCGUUGGGAGGGUGGAGCGACAGCCCCUCCCCCUCCCCCCAGCCCCGCUGCACCCCUCUUAUCCAGAUCCUAUUGAGACGAAGUGCGCGGGAAGGAAAAAAAUAAAGACCGGUCAGGUGAGGAAACAAACCGGAGGCAGAGAAAGAAAGGGAGAAAAGAUGUCGCGAGGCCGAACGGCAACGAAGGGGGAGGGGCGGCAGAGCUCGGUUCCUUAAAGGGGCAGUCCCGCAUUUAAAGGGGAGUGUGCCACGGAGAGGUUUCCUCUAUUUUUUUGUCUGCCGACAGAACAGUGCCUUAUUCUGAGUGGCGGGUGGGUGGAGGACGCACGUGGGGAGAGCGCUUUUUAAGUAAAGGCGCGGGGGGUUGGCCGGAAGGAAUCCCCUCCCCCAGCGUACGUAACGCUGGAAAGAAAGGGGAGGCCUUAAAGCACUCUGUUCAUGGUCAGGAGAGUCAUCUGACUCUGUGGCGCAGGUCGGGGAAGUGAUGCAGGGUUAAUCUCUCCCAGGCCUGGGCUCGGAUAUUUUAGUCCCCUAUUCUUAAACUUUCGACACAAGAACACGAGCGGAAUUCAAACACUUUAGCGGCUGCCUCCGGAAACUGUGCCCAAUGCAGUCGUGGAGAACUGCGUGAAACAAGACAGCCUUAAAAAUCCCCUGAAAAAACAACAACACUGAAUUGUGUUCUAAAUUGCGUGCGCUCUGUAUUCUGUGUAGUCAGCAUUUAAUUUACCUCAGCCCAAACUACUUCCCUAUGCAAGUGUGAGUUAUUGCCAGUGUGGCCUUUGGACAUGCAUCUAUACUGUUAUUUCCAUGUAUAGAUCAGGAACUAAAGCUCAGAGAUUUUCAUGGCAUUCUACAGGGUAAUUAAACUUUUCACAUCUGAUUUGCUCUCCUGAUCCUAGUUCAAGCAUGAUGUCAGGCAUCCAUACUUGUUUAUUUAAAAUUAUUUGUGUCUCACCUUUGUCUUCUCAGCAGACCUCCUGGGUAAUUGACAGUAAUUGACCCAGGUGGCGCUGUGGUUAAACCACUGAGCCUAGGGCUUGCUGAUCAGAAGGUUGGCGGUUCGAAUCCCUGUGACGGGGUGAGCUCCCGUUGCUUGGUCCCAGCUCCUGCCAACCUAGCAGUUUGAAAGCAUGUCAAAAUGCAAGUAGAUAAAUAGGAACCGCUACAGCGGGAAGGUAAACGGCGUUUCCAUGUGCUGCUCUGGUUUGCCAGAAGCGGCUUUGUCAUGCUGGCCACAUGACCUGGAAGCUAUACACCGGCUCCCUCGGCCAAUAAUGCGAGAUGAGCGCGCAACCCCAGAGUCGGUCACGACUGGAGCUAAUGGUCAGGGGUCCCUUUAAUGACAAGGGUUGGUGGUGGAAAAUGGCCACUAAUCAGAUUUAAAUGGCAAUGUUGUGACUGGUCCAACUGCUGCUGUUCAAAGUUUCCAUGGUGACCAUCAAGGAAAAUACCGCCACCGCCCCCCAUACACACAAUGUGUACACUGAAGCAGUCAGGGCCAGGUAGCACCAGAUGUUUUGGACCUUGGCAAGUGAGGCAUCUUCUGGGCAUGUGGACAGUCCACAACUGCUGACUCUUACUGCUAGCAGAAGGAAGAUCCCUGGGGAGCAGGGGUGGGAAAAGAAUGGUGAUGAUGAUGAUGAUGGGAAGGUGUCUAUUUUCCAGACUGUGGUCUAGGGUUUGGAAACCUGUAGCCCUCCAGAUGCUGUUGAAUUGCAACCUCAGUUAUACUUGACCAUUGGCUAUGCUAACUUGGGCUUCUGGGAGGGCCACUGACUCACCUUCCUUGGCUCCAGAGGUUGUUAUGUAAUGGACUUUUUAUGAGUUGAACACCAAGUAGGGACCUAACCCAUGUGUGUGUUUUGGGCGGGGCGGGGGGAGUCAGCCUCCUAGGAAGAACAUAAUGUCAUGGUAAAGAUCAUCCCAUUCAUCCUGAGAAGGAGCAGCUGUUCCAUCCAGGUGAACUCUGGUGCAAUGGUGGGAGCUCAGCAGCUAGAAAUGCAGGCAGCGGCAGUGCCAACAGUGGCCCCAGCAGGCGGAGGCCCCAGUGGCAGCAGUGGCGACCACCAAUAUGAGUGCCUGGAAUGUGGCAAGGUAUUCAAAUGGUCAUCACGGCUCAUCCACCACCAGAGGACUCACACGGGCGAACGCCCUUACAAGUGCUCAGAGUGCCCAAAGGCCUUCAAGGGGUCCUCAGCCUUGCUGUACCACCAGCGCGGACAUACAGGGGAGCGACCUUACAAGUGUGACAAGUGUGGCAAGGCAUUCAAACGGUCGUCCUUGCUUCAGAUCCACCAGAGUGUGCAUACCGGCCUACGUGCCUUCAAGUGCGCUCAGUGCGGCCUGGCCUUUAAGUGGUCCUCACAUUACCAGUACCAUUUGCGCCAGCACACUGGCGAACGCCCCUACCCUUGCCCGGCGUGUGACAAGGCCUUCAAGAACUCUUCCAGCCUGCGGCGGCACCGCCAUACACAUACAGGCGAGCGGCCCUAUGUCUGCCUCAUCUGCAGCAAGGCCUUCACGCAGUCUACCAACCUGCGGCAGCAUCAGCGGGUGCAUACUGGAGAGAGGCCCUACCGAUGCCAAGACUGUGGUAAGGCCUUCACCCACUCUUCCAACCUGGCGCUGCACUGCCGAUCGGCACAUGCUGCCCGCCCUGCCCACACCUGUGUUAUCUGUGGCAAGGCUUUUGCAUCGGACACCUAUUUGCAGCGGCACUUGGAGUCUCAUGGGGACAUUGCGCCUCCAGCACAGCUCUUCUUGGAGGAACCAACCACCACUGUGGAGAUGCUGUUUCGGUGUAGUGUCUGCCAUCUCACCUUCCCCUUGCAGGAGCAGCUGCUGAGCCACCAGGAAGUACACUUGGCCCCAGCAGAGCCACUGCCUCUGCCGCCACCGCCACUACCAAUGCAGGAGGAGGUGGCGGCUGUAGCAUCCCCCCCACCCUCCCUAGCUUGCUCUGUGUGCAGUAAAACUUUCAAGAGUGCCGCGGGUUUAGCACGGCACCAACAGAGCCAGCACUCAUCCGAUCGCACCUACACCUGCAUGGUGUGUGAACGCUCCUUCCCGACGCUGGCCAGCCUGUUGGGCCAUCAGCGUUCGCAUCCCCCGGCUGAACAACGGUUGGAGGAGGCAGAGGUGACAUGCCCAGCACAGGCAGAGCCAGUGCCCGCAGCCACAGUGACGCCGCCCCCACCCCCUGAGCGCCCCUAUGUGUGCGGAGAGUGCGGGAAGUCAUUCAAGGGCUCCUCUGGGCUGCGUUACCACCUGCGCGACCACACGGGUGAGCGCCCCUACGCUUGUGGCGAGUGUGGCAAAGCCUUCAAGCGCUCCUCGCUGCUGCGCAUCCACCAGCGGGUGCACACGGGCUUGCGUGCCUUCACUUGCUCCACCUGCGGGAUGGCAUUCAAAUGGGCUUCCCAUUAUCAGUACCAUUUGCGGCAGCAUACCGGCGAACGCCCCUAUGCUUGCCAAGAUUGUGGCAAGGCCUUCAAGAACACCUCGUGCCUCCGGCGGCACCAGCAGUUGCACACCGGUGAGCGGCCCUUUGCCUGCCAGACCUGCGGAAAGUCCUUCACGCAAACAUCCAACCUCCGGCAACAUCAGCGGGUGCACACUGGCGAAAGGCCCUAUUGUUGCCGGGACUGUGGCAAGGCCUUCACCCACUCCUCCAACCUGGCGCUGCACAGACGCACCCAUUCGAGGGAGCGCCCCUUCCAAUGCCCGGUUUGCUCCAAGGCCUUUGUCAUGGCCUCUUACUUGCAGCGCCACUUCCGCACCCACAGCAGUGCUGAGGCGCCCAGCCGCCCCGCCGCCUCACCCGCCACCACUCAAGAGGUGCAAAUCAUGCCUAACUUGCAGGCCACUCUGAAUGUGGAGUUAAGCGGCAGCCCAGCCCCUCCUGUUUCAUCAAACACUCAGACUUUCCUGCUUGUGCAAACAUCACAGGGCUUGCAACUUAUCCCCAGCAUACAGCAGCAGCCGCAGCCACCCCCACCCCAAAAUUUACCCCCCAAACUUAUCCUGCUGCCCAGUCCCCAGGUGCCCAGUACAUCCACUGCUCCCACCAGCAUUACCCUGUUGCCAGCUGCUCCUACCACCCCAGGCAAAUCUGCCCUGGUCCGUCAAGGUAAGGCCAAGAAACCUGCGCCGUUGGCUCCCCCACCACCAUCGGUGUCUGGCAGCCAGAAUAUCAUUUUGAUGCCCAGUACCACUGGGGCCAGCGUGCAGCCCCUCUCUAAUGUGCAAAUCCAGAGGACACCAGGGCUACAGACGAGCGGACAGAAUGUUAUUGUUCUCCAGAGCUUGCCAGAACAGCAGCUGGGCACAGUGCAGAUCCAAACUGUGCCAGCUGCUCCACCAACAGGCACCAUUCAGAUUCAAACCCUGCCCCAGCCCCUCCAGAGCUUUCCCACUGCCCAGCCAGGUGGCACUUUGCAAAUUCAGACCGUACCUGCUUCACAGCAACCUGGCACAAUCCAGAUCCAGGCCUUCCCACAUCCUACACAGUCUGGCAUUGUGCAGAUUCAAAGCCUGCCCCUUCCCCAGAAUACGGUCCAGAUCCAAAGUUUGCCCACCUCCCAAUCAGGAGGCACCGUGCAGAUCCAGAGCCUGUCUAGUCCACAGACUGGCACAGUGCAAAUUCAAACUCUUCCAUCUUCCCAGAAGAUGAACACUGUGCAAUUCCAAGCUGUGCCAUCCUCUGAGCAGGUAGGGACCCUACAGCUCCAAACUCUCCAGCCUUCCCAGCAAGUGGGCCCCAUUCAGAUCCAGACCUUGCCAUCCGUGCAGCAAACCAGCCCUCUGCAGAUCCACAGCCUGUCCCCCUCCAAUCAGCCUUUGGCCAGCGUCGAAAUCCAGAGCCUCUCGCCUUCCCAACAGCUGGAUGGCACCAUUCAGAUCCAGGGGCUGGUUUCUUCUCAGGAAGGGCAACAUCUUCAACCUUCAGAGGAGAUGACUAGUGUUCAGCUUCAGACUUUGAGCCCACCACAGGAGAUGAAUGAGGUGGGGACUUCUCUGUCCAGCUCCCAUGAGCUCUCUGAGGUGGACCUCCAACAGGGACCUGGUAUGAAGGAGGAAAGCCAGGACCUAAUUGUGGUGCAGAACUCUCCAGGAGAGGAGCUUCUGGGGCCAGGCGGGGAGGUGGAGAGCCUGGAAGGGGUACAAGACAUGCACUUUGAAACUUUACAGACCGAUGAGGGAGUUCAGAAUGUGUUGGUGCUGAGAAGUGCAGGAGGAGAGCAGACCCGGUUGUGCGUGCAGGAGGUGGACAACAUCCAGACAGUGCAAGAGCUGCCUGGCCUCCAGCUGCAAGGGCCUGAGGGUAGUGCCGGAACUGGGCAGAACCUCCUGAUCAUCCGUAGUGCCCAGGGAGAACAGACCCUCCAAGUGCUGGAGAGUGUGCCAACACUGCAGGUGAGCAGCCCAGACAGCACCCAACCUACUGGGGACAGCAACAGCGCCUCCCAAAUGGUGCAACUUUUGCCGAGUCCAGUAACUCCACAAGGCCUGCCCUCCAUUCAGAUUGUGCAAACAGUACCCAACAUGCAGCUUGUCCACACUUUCUGAGGAUAGCUGUCCCCAUGCCUGUGCUGGGGUACCGACUGAGACUCAGUUGUGCUCUCACUAGUGGCUGCUAUAAUGUAACUGUGUUUCCGGAGAGGAUCCACCUGGGCAACUUCAAGACUCCUGGAGGUGGCUCAGCUUAGGUUCCUCAAGACAGUGACAUGAAAUGACAGCAGAGAGCUUAGCUCACGCCCAUGCCUGCAGGUCCAAAGCAUACCCUUGAUUCCCUCACUUCCUGCUCACAUGGGGGUUGCUGUUGCUUCUCGUGCCCUUGCAGUUACAAUGACUCCACCACCAUGUCCUUCCCCCAAACACUUUUAUGACUUGUUUUGCAUGUGAGAAAGGGAUAGCCAGGCCAGUCCUUGAUUCAAUCCCUAACCCACCCAUUUCCCUAUCCUGUUUGAAAUACAUUGUUCCAGCAAGAACCAAAUGUAUGUGCAGUCUGAUGGUUGGAAGACUGUGCAGCCAGAAUUCCUGGGUUUUUUUCUCCACACUGGACAGAAAACAUGGUUAGCGGAUAUCAACAGGACUGCUGGCUUCUCUCCAUUUCCCUGCUGUGUUGCAAUAUUGGAGCUAAGUGCUGUGGAGCAGUGUGAGCUCUUUUUAUGUAUUAGAAAAUGGGGGAAGUUCAUGUUUUUGGGUCUUCCUUUGAUAUUGGGUGCUGCAGGAGGCUGCUUUGGCCUCUUUUUCCGGUUAAGCCCCUCUUAUCUAUUCUCCAUUCCAGCCCCUCACCAUGUGCAGAACCACAUUUCUUCCCAAGUGUACCCCAGUUCCUGGUGCUAACAGACAAAAGGGUCAUAGACUCUUUUGGUCUAGAAGAAAAAUAAAAGACUGCUUCAAAGCA